AUGGACGCGCGCAUCGACUUUGACAUUAACGACGCGCUCAAGCACUACCUCUCGGAUCCUGCUGCAAUAUCCACCCCCGAGGCCGCAUCGGACCUGGUGGACUGCGAACACGACCCCGAAUCCCUUACUGCUGCCCUUGUCAAUUCCGCACUGAAUCCCGUUGUCGAUGCUGUCGCUGAAAAUCCUGACGCGAUUACGCGCAGCUCCAACUUUGAUACCCUGCAAUUCCUCCUCAAGUGCGCUCCCAUUUCAUUACCAAACGUUAAGCGUUACCUAGUAGAUCCUGACUGUGCGCUGUUCCGCCUAUCUAGAACUUCUUCUCAAAUACCCCCAGCCGCUCUUACCAAAAUCCUCGAUCUUGUCGUCUCUGGUCUCUCCGCCCAAGCCGACGUAACCCACGCCGAUCUUGAAGCGGACGAGCAGGAGACGAUUCAGCACCAUAAACAACUUCUGGAGGUGUUCGGAUUCCUACUACAAUGGUCGGUUACUGCAGUAGAGACAAGAGCCGCAGAGAAGUCUGCUUCUGCGCCCGCAGCGAGAGGGCGCGGCGGCAAGGGCGCAAAGUCAAAAGCUGGGGCGAACAAAGAUGCAGCCUGGGACUCGUCAGCUCAGUUGCAAACUGCACUCGAUGUCAUGAGUAAGGUGAUGAAGUUGAAACUGGCCAAGAUAUUCAUGACUACGUCGGAGCGGGACACAUUUAUCAGCUUGUUCACACGCCCGGUUUACCUAGUUCUGGAGAGCGAGGCUCGUGUCAAAAACACGGCCAUUCGGAUGCACGCCUUCAAAGUACUGUGUAUUGCAGUGAAACAUCAUGGACAUGCUUUCGGAGCACAAACGUCCAUCAUACAAAACCUCUCCUACUUCGAGCACCUGUCGGAACCGAUGGCGGAAUUUCUUCAGAUUCUAGCAGAGCAAUACGACUACCCUCAGCUGACCGAAGAAGUCCUAAGGGAUUUGAGCAACAAGGAGUUCAACAGCAAUGAUCUCAAGGGGCCCAAAUCAGUAUCAACUUUCGUUACCCGGAUUUCCGAGCUUGUCCCUGGGCUUGUAAUCAGACAAAUGACAUUACUUGCAAAGUUAUUAGACAGCGAGUCAUACACUCUUCGGUGCUCCAUUAUUGAGGUGUGUGGCAAUCUGAUUACUAUGCUCAGCAAACAAGAAGGUGAAGAAAGGAGCGAGAACCACAAAGGCCAGAUCAACGCCUUCUUCGACGUGCUAGAGGAGCGUUUCCUCGAUGUCAACCCGUACUGUCGAUGCCGAGCCAUUCAAGUCUUCAUCAAAUUAUGCGAUCUGGAUACCAAGUACUCCAAGCGGAGACAGAUGGCAGCUGAGCUAGCUGCUAGGAGUCUGGAGGACAAAAGUAGCAAUGUCAGACGCAACGCCAUCAAGCUGCUCGGGAAGCUAAUUUCCACCCACCCAUUUGGUGUUUUGCAUGGUGGGCAACUCGGAUUCAAGGAAUGGAAGUCUCGACUGGACGUUGUUGAAGGGGAAAUUGAUGCUUUAACACCCCCAAAGGAGCUCCAAGAGAAUACAGCAGCGAACGAGGAACCCACAGUAGACGAAACUCUUUUGGCAGACGCCACGCAGGCUGAGAACGUGGCAGCACAAGAGCCUGCUCCUAUGACAGAGGAACAGAAGUUAUCGGCUAUGAAAAAAGCCGAGAAAGAGGCUGAAACGGCAGAAGCUCUCAACAAGUUGCAUCUCACUCGGCGAUACUACACUGAAGCACUUAAGUUCAUCGAGGUGGUUGAUGCAGCAUCCCCGGUUGUCACACAGCUACUCUCGUCGAAGAACAAGAGUGAGGUCAUCGAGGCUAUGGACUACUUUAAGAUACUCAAUGAGUACGGCAUCCAGAGCGCUGGGGCAGGCAUCAAGAGAAUGCUGCGCUUAAUCUGGACCAAAGGCAACAGCGACGAAGGCAAAGGCGUUCAGACUCAUCUGAUCGAGUGCUACAAAGACCUUUACUUCAUUGCACCCCCAGGUUUCGACACGAACAAUUCCGCCAACUACAUUGCCAAGAACAUGAUCAGUUUGACCUUCGGCAAUACACCCGCGGAGCUCACAUCCCUGGAACAGCUCCUCAGUACUAUGAUGAAGGAUAAAAUGAUCAACGAAUUGGUAAUACAGAAACUCUGGCAGGUCUACGGCAUUCAGAAACGGGAAAUCUCAAUGAGACAAAGACGAGGAGCUAUCAUCGUUCUGGGUAUGCUUGCCCUUGCCGAUCCGGAUAUUGUGGUCAAGGAGAUGGGAAUCUGCUUACGCAUUGGUCUCGGUGAAUUGGGACGACGAGAUCUCGGACUUGCACGCUACACCUGCAUUGCACUCCGCCGAAUCAAUGCACCAACGAGCAAGCAGACGGCAAAUAAGGCGCCAGUGACGGCCAAGCUGCCAAACGACCACGCCGUGCUAGUACGACUAGCGGCUAUGACUGAGGUUGUAUCGGACGAUCCCGAGUGGUUUGGAGUUGCCGAGCAAGCUAUCAGCGCAAUUUACGCUCUCUCCAAACACCCAGACACGCUAUGCUCAGAGAUCCUAAGGCGCAAGACAAAAUUGGUGUUCCAACCUCAGAGUUUUUCAAGACCUACAUCGCGUGGAGCUCUUUCGAGACCUACAUCGAGUGGAGAAGGCGACGAACCAAGCCAAAUGCCGUCACCACCAGCAGAGGAAGAGGAAGCGCCACAGGAGAUCGAACCACCACCGAGGAAGCAGAAACCCGCCAUGGCUCUCUCGCAGCUACUUUUCAUUGUUGGACAUGUUGCCAUCAAACAGAUUGUCCAUCUCGAGCUUUGCGAACAGGACUUCAAGAGAAGGAAAGCAGAGAAAGAGAAGACCGCAGGAGCACGCCAGGCAACCCCUCCCCUGAACGCGUCCCCCACAAAGAAGAAGAAGAAAUCCGCUGGCAAACAGGACACACCUGCACCUGAAGAACCCGAUGAGCUCGAUCUCAUGGCUGGUACAACAGAAGAUGACUUCACCGAAGCUCUAGCCCACAUCCGCGAACGGGAGCUUCUCUACGGCUCCCAGUCCCUACUCUCCAACUUCGGCCCCAUGGUAUCAGACAUUUGCUCUAACAACACAACCUACGCCGACGCAACACUCCAAGCCCAAGCCGCCCUCUGCCUCGCCAAACUCAUGUGCGUGAGCUCCGAGUACUGCGAAAACAACCUCGGCCUCCUCCUCACCAUCCUCGAACGCAGCAAAGACGCCGUCGUUCGUAGCAAUCUCGUCGUUGCCCUCGGCGACAUGGCCGUCUGCUUCAACCACCUCAUCGAUGAGAACACCGACUUCCUGUACCGUCGACUGAAUGACGGCGACGCGAGCGUGAAGCGCACGUGUCUCAUGACGCUCACGUUCUUGAUCCUCGCCGGACAGGUCAAGGUCAAGGGGCAACUAGGGGAGAUGGCGAAGUGUCUCGAGGACGAGGACAAGAAGAUUGCGGACAUGGCGCGCAUGUUCUUCUCUGAGCUGGCGACGAAGGAUAAUGCGGUGUACAACCAGUUUGUGGAUAUGUUUAGUGUGUUGAGUGCGGAUGGGGCAUUGGAUGAGGAAGCAUUUAGGCGGAUUGUGAAGUUCUUGAGUGGGUUUAUCGAAAAGGAUAAACACGCUAAACAGCUCGCUGCGAAGUUGGCGGCGAGACUGCCCAGAGCGGAGAGCGAGAGGCAGUGGAAUGAUGUUGCAUACGCGUUGGGGCUGCUGCAGCAUAAGGAUGAGGAGAUUCAGAAGCUGGUUGGGGAGGGCUUUAAGGUUGUGCAUGCGGUUGCUUAAGUAUGCUUCUUUCUCAGGAGUAUCAUGCCGGGGUAGCGGGCGUUAUUGGGCGGCUCACGCAUGGCCGUAAUGAUCACGAAGGGGGAUGGGGGGCAUUCUGGGUGCGGAUAGGUCGGUCGGUUGGCGCUGGGAUGAGAUGAGGUUCUCAUGUUGAAAUGAAUUGACAAGCCCACGUUUCCACUGUGUGUGCCCUAUUCGCUGUGUUUGCUUCUAAAUCUCAACAGAUAUCGACGGAGUGCGGAGUGUAGAGGAAGUACCCAGCAUGUUUGAAUGCCUGGAAAACGGUCUUGCAGGUGGCUAUCCUAAAACGGGAAUAUGUGAGGUGGAAAACUGUAGAGUCUAGAGGAAGUAACGCCGCGUGUAUACAAGCCCAGAAACGACCGC